GUUGUCUUCUCAGUUGGGUUUGGUGCGCGAGCCGUGCGAUCUACUGAAAUCCUAGUAUUUUCAUCUCGCCUAGACUUUAAUCGAAGUGCAUCGGUAAUUAUCUUCAGUAAAAAAACCUACCCCCGUUUUUCCCCCAUCGGUUACUCUCAAGAGUCCUAGACGUGACUAAACAAUGUGCGGUAUACUGACACUAAAAAUUCUCUCUCGUUUGUUCGCAUCUUUGGAUUUUUACGAUGUUUUUAAUAAAUAAUUUUCUCGGAUAAUAAUUACAAUGUUAAAAAUAAUUUCGUGAAUCCUCAUCGUCUCGACGGAAUAUCCAGGCGAAUUAUCUCUGGAGGGGCGAGCGGAUACCCCAGGUGUUGGCAAAGCCGAAUGGAAAAACUAUCUCCCUCGAGCCGACAAGACCCAGUAACUCAGGAAUGCGUUAACAGCGAGGAAGAAGAGAAUUGACUACAGGAGAAUGGAAUUUCGUUGAAGGAACUCUCGCGCAAGUGUUAUCUUCCAUUUCGAGAAUCGAGUUGGAAUUUCUGUGACAGGAGAGACAUGACAUUCGGAGAAUGAAAAUCGAUGGAGAAGAUGCCAAGAUUGAGUUGAGGCAUGUCUUUUUGAAGUUUUUUCCCCGUGGAAUUGAUUAUAACAAUUUUUUUUAAUACCUUUUCCUUAUCAAUGUGGUCUAUGGAGCCAAAAUCCACACAAUUAUUCACAUGUAAUGAUUAUCAUAUAACAGAUUGUAUUAUUUUGACUUAGAGAUCAACGUCGUGUGAUUGAUCUCAUCCUCACAACAAAAAUUGAAUUCUAAGAACAUAUUAAAGUUUCUUUCAUCAAUGCGAUUAAUUUCCCAAAAGUAAAUUUAUCCAACUCGCACAUUAAAUACUCUCACAUGGAGCAUGUAAUUUUCACGCCUAUAAAUUUUUUUCUCUUGGUGUGGAAGUAAUAGACUCUCUCGAAAAAAGGGACACAGAUGUUUUUGUAAAAGCAUCAUUUCCUUGAGGAUAAAACCGAAAAUAGAUGACAUAAACUAGCCGAACAAUGAAGCUGUCGAUUUCGUGUAUCGUGAGUUUGGUGAUAGUGUUUGGUAAACCAGAUUGGGGGCUGGGAUGGUUCGGUGGGAGGGAUGUGGUGCGGGGUGAGAGCACUAUUAAGAUAGGGACCAGUGAACGAGGUACACUGUCAAGGGGUUUGAACAUUGGUAAUCGUCGGGGGGAGUCCAGAGGCUCGGGGGUUCGUCUCGGUGAGAACAGAGGCUUGAACAUAACACGACAGAAGGCACAUGUAUCGACUACCUCAUCCACGACAGCUGAACCACAUCUUACUCAGGCACCGCAUGCAGCUGGUGCUGCCAACCAAAAAAUUACCUAUCUACAGGUGGGCAUGGCUGUACCAUACAAGGCAUUCGGCACUCGUGAGUAUACGAAAGCAGCUACUACGGCAAUCAGCGUGCUUCAACGAAGUACAAGAGGACCAAAACUAGGACUAUUUAGCCAUUAUGACAUCCAUGUUCAUAUAACCAUGAGUGAGCUCACACCGAGUCCAACUGCCAUUCUCGACUCUUUAUGCAAAGAAUUUCUCACUGUGAACGUAUCAGCAAUUAUCUAUUUGAUGAACUAUGAACAGUAUGGAAGGAGUACAGCUAGUGCUCAAUAUUUCCUUCAGCUAGCUGGGUACCUCGGCAUUCCCGUGAUAGCGUGGAAUGCUGAUAAUUCCGGCCUGGAGAGGCGAGCCUCCCAGAGCUCCCUUCAGCUGCAGCUGGCGCCAUCGUUGGAACACCAAACUGCAGCAAUGCUGAGUAUACUCGAGCGAUACAAAUGGCACCAAUUCAGUAUUGUAACAUCACAAAUUGCUGGACACGAUGAUUUUAUUCAGGCUGUCAGAGAGAGAAUAUCCGACAUGCAGGACACAUUCAAAUUUACAAUAUUGAAUGCUGUUUUGGUGACGAAGCCCAAUGAUCUGAUGGAAUUGGUGAGCAGUGAGUCGAGGGUUAUGCUGCUAUACGCUACUAGGGAGGAGGCAAUACAUAUCCUGACAGCUGCCAGGGAUCUCAAGCUCACGGGCGAGAAUUAUGUCUGGGUUGUCACCCAGAGUGUCAUCGAGAAUCUUCAAACGCCCAAUCAAUUUCCGGUUGGAAUGUUAGGAGUCCACUUCGAUACCAGCAGCACAAGUCUGGUGAAUGAGAUCGCAACGGCGAUAAAAGUGUAUGCCUACGGGGUCGAGGACUUUGUGAACGAUCCUAGGAAUGCUCACCACAGCCUCAACACGGCACUUAGCUGCGAGGGAUUGGGGGAGUCGAGGUGGAACACUGGUGAUCGAUUUUUCAAAUAUCUGAAGAAUGUCUCAGUCGAGGGCGACCAGGGUAAACCGAAUAUUGAAUUCACUCAGGAUGGAGUUUUGAAGGCAGCCGAGCUAAAGAUUAUGAACCUACGUCCUGGGGUUAGUAAACAGCUCGUGUGGGAGGAGAUUGGUGUGUGGAAGUCAUGGCAGAAAGAAGGACUCGACAUAAAGGACAUCGUUUGGCCAGGAAAUUCGCACACACCGCCACAGGGUGUCCCCGAGAAAUUUCACUUGAAAAUAACGUUCCUGGAGGAGCCACCGUACAUCAACCUGGCCCCACCCGAUCCCGUCAGUGGCAAAUGCCUGAUAGAUCGAGGGGUUCAUUGUCGGGUCGCCAAGGAAGCUGACAUGGCUGAAAUGGAUAUCCAAUCAGCCCAGCGAAAUGAAAGCGUUUACCAGUGCUGCAGUGGAUUCUGCAUUGAUCUACUCCAAAGAUUCUCCCAGGCAAUUGGAUUCACGUAUGAGCUCGUCAGGGUCGAGGACGGUAAAUGGGGAACGUUGGAGAAUGGAAAAUGGAACGGUCUGAUUGCCGAUCUUGUGAAUCGUAAAACCGACAUGGUGCUCACGUCUCUCAUGAUAAAUUCCGAGAGAGAAGCAGUAGUUGACUUUACUGUGCCUUACAUGGAGACUGGAAUUGCCAUUGUCGUAGCCAAGCGAACGGGUAUCAUCUCGCCUACUGCGUUUCUAGAGCCUUUUGACACUGCUUCGUGGAUGUUGGUGGGUAUCGUUGGAAUUCAUGCUGCCACUUUUAUGAUUUUUCUGUUCGAGUGGCUGUCACCAUCAGGCUUCAAUAUGAAGGCAAAUCCUUCCCCGAAUCAUCGUUUCUCCCUUUCGAGAACAUACUGGUUAGUCUGGGCAGUGCUAUUUCAAGCUGCUGUACAUAUUGACUCACCACGUGCAUUCACAGCCAGAUUCAUGACCAACGUCUGGGCCAUGUUCGCUGUCGUGUUUCUCGCCAUUUACACUGCCAACUUGGCGGCCUUCAUGAUAACGAGGGAGGAGUUUCACGAUUUUAGUGGUGUUGAUGACCCACGUCUAGCAAAGCCGUGGAGCCACAAGCCAAUGUUCAAAUUUGGUACGACACCUUGGAGUCACACAGACAGUACAUUAGCCAAGUACUUCAAGGAAAUGCACAUGUACAUGGAGCCAUUCAAUAAGAGCAAUGUAUUUGAGGGUAUUGAUGCUGUUAUCAGCGGAGAUCUGGACGCGUUCUUCUACGAUGGAACAGUCUUGGACUAUUUGGUAACUCAAGAUGAAGACUGCCGAUUGUUAACCGUUGGCUCUUGGUACGCAAUGACUGGUUAUGGCCUUGCAUUCUCCAGGAAUUCUAAAUACGUCGAAAUGUUCAACAAACGACUGCUUGACUAUCGAGAAAAUGGGGAUCUAGAACGACUGAGAAGAUACUGGAUGACGGGUUCAUGCAAACCAGGAAAGGAGGUACAAAAAAGCAGUGAUCCACUGGCACUUGAGCAAUUCUUGAGUGCGUUUUUACUGCUAAUGGCAGGAAUACUUCUCGCAGCUUUUCUACUGUUCCUUGAGCAUCUCUACUUCAAGUACAUUCGACAUCAUCUCGCGAGGAGUGAUCGCGGAGGAUGCUGUGCUCUGAUCAGUUUGAGCAUGGGUAAAUCCUUGACAUUUCGUGGUGCUGUAUUCGAAGCGCAGGACAUUAUCCGUCAGCACAGGUGUCAUGAUCCAAUAUGCGAUACGCACUUGUGGAAAGUCAAACACGAAUUGGAUAUGGCAAGGAUAAGGAUACGACAGCUGGAGAAAGACCUCGAGGCGCAUGGCAUAAAACCCAGCCAGCCCAGGAGAAGGCCGGAGAAACUAGGAUGGUGGCGUGGCUGCCUGCAGCCAGCGAUACCACCUCACAUAGAAAGACUCGCUGUUGAAGCACCUCAUCCCCUUCCACCGUAUUUCGAUUCAUACUUGGACGCAGUCGAGGUGUCACGGCCUAGGGAUAUGACAAGAACUAUGGUAGCCAGCACUGAAUUCGCGGAGGGAUUUUUGCCUACAGAAAUUUACAGACUUCCCGAGGACGACUCUACACGAACAGAGAUCGCGGAAAUCGAGACAGUUCUGUGAUGAAAGGGAAUAGCCGGAUGUGAAUUAUACGUGUGAACCAGCUUUGAGUGUUGUUGCCUUCAAGCAUCAUUAAGUGUUGGAAUAAAACAAUACAAAAUAAAUGGAAUGACCAUUCACUGCAUGAAAAAUAAUUCAAUAGUCAAGAUGGUACUCCGUCGCUACGGAAAAGCAACAGAAAAUGGAGAGUAUGAACUCACAUUGAGACGAGAAUAUCAGCUGGAAUUGAGGAGAAAUAGCUCCGCCCAAUAUUUUUUAUUAUCCUUCAGUGCCUCCGAUUCAAGUCAUUUCGAUAUUUGCGUGACGUUUAAAUGAACUCUCUUUAAUUUGUUUUACGUUUGACUAAUUUUACUUAAAUGUGUAGUCCUACGCAUUUCACCUGGCGAUAAUUCUAUUUUUGUUUACCUUCGAGAACAAAUUGAACCUAAAACGGAAUUUUUAUAAAAUGCAGUAAUUCUUGUUUAAAGAGAACGCAUAAAUCGUCUUAAUUUAACGUCGUUUUCAAUUAAGUGUGGACAUCCGCAUUAAUGAAAUCCACGUUUCUCGAUUUUUUCUUUCAUCUUAUUCAGGCACUUGAUUUUUGGCCUUUUGAGGAUAAUUGUGUGCAAUGUUAUCAAUAUAAUCAGUAUCACAAAUGCACAAAUGCAAGCGCAGUGUCGGAUACUGGAGACAAAAAAAACAAGAGAAAUUUCAAUAAAACAUUUUACGAAAUUUCUGUGAAUGUGGAGGAAGUUAAGCGUUACGGGUGCACCCCUUCCCUCCCUCCCUUCCUCAAACAAUUUCUAUCGUAGAGUAAUCAUCCAAAAUAUUUCACAACACCUAGCCAUCUGUGAAUAAUCAAAAUCUCGCCCCACCCUGCUAAUUCGACGUCGACUAAUUCAUACAUGAAAAAUAAUUCUAUGUACCAUGGUCAACAGAAUAUUAAGAAUCUAUGUCGAUUAAAGUCUAGCAUAAAUGCAGUGAAUACAUGUUUCAAAAUAUAUAGAUAUGCGGCGAUAGGAGUAUGUUAAAAAACAUAGAUAAUGGAUUUUAAAAAAUACAUACUAUAUUCUAAAGACGAAGCGAAUGACGGAAAACUCAUUAAAACACAUGCUCAACAAAAAAGAAUCUGUAAUUUUUUUUCAUAAUUUAUAUAUUCUGAGAAAAAAAUUAAAUGUAUAUUCUGUACCACGAGUCAUUGAGUUACGCUGUAAUCAAAGCUUAUCAGCUGCCAAUACGUACCUCCCGUUAUUAUGUAUUUGUACUCUGAGAAUUUUUUUACGAGUAUUUAAUAUCAAGAGAAAGAAACUAAAUCGAGGGGCUAUGCACAUGAUAGACUCACUGGAACCACUGAAGUCAGUGUUCUCACUCAACCCACAACAUUACGGUCAUUAUAAUAAUUCGGAAUGAAUUUUUAGAUGGCAAUUAGCACGUUCAAUUUCAUCCAUAGCAAUUAUCAUAUCUACUUUCUCUCUAUAUGGACAUGGAGAGUUAUUCUCUCCUCUAUAAUUAUUCAAUUUUAUCUAUGACAAUCCAUCAUCGACUCAUCACUGCAUGUUUGGACCAAUGAAGCGGUUUCAUAAAUCAACAAAAAUGAUAAUUACAGGAAAAUUUAACGCGUCGUUUUCUCCUAAAGCUCCCCCUCAACAACUAAUUACUCUACUCCGUCUUAUUUUCAUUGUUCAUCGUGCGCUAUCAUGACCACAUGUUGAAAUAAUUUAUGUUUCCGUCCGAAACUCAAGUCUUCGUUACUCAAUUCACAUAUAUUCUAGCUAUUCAAGUCCCUAUGUAUCAUUCACGGAUGAUCAAGAACAUAAUCAUGAUAUCAUUCAUUUAAAAUAGCCCCUCAAAAAAAAACUACAUAUAAAAUCAAAAUGAUUUGCGUUAUGAGAAAUGAAUAUCGUGAGAAUCGAAAUUAAUUUCUAGAGUUAAGAUUAUGAAUAUCGCCUUCAAUGGCUGCGUGUAAGAUAUGCUUCGCUAUGUACCCAAAAUUGUGAGUGAAUCAGUAAUGGGGGCAUUCAAAUAUAAGCGUCAAGCAACUGGCGGGUGGUAAUUACGCUUGAGAUUAAUUUUUGAAUGCUUUCCUAAUAGACUGGGGACUACGUAAUGAAAUAAUAACAAGGCAAUUUUUAAUCCUCUUUUGUCAUAAAUAAAAUUAACUCCCUUCUUGGAUGCUUUUAUUAAUCACCACGCAUAUUAAAACCUUAACGAUGUCAAGAUCCCUCAUUAGGGGUAAACAUAACGAGCAGAAAUUAUUAAUUAUUUACCAAAAUAUUGACAAUCCCCCCGAAAUUACUCAUCAGAUAAUUCAACAUUCAGAAAACUGUUAAUAGUUAACUUGUUCCAUUCCAUUACGUAUCACCAUAAUAUUAUUACUGAAACGAGUCCCGCGCCGCGAAGAGUUUUGAAUAUAUUGUUGAUGAAGAUGAUAAUGAGAAGCUGUUGUUAUUGUUGUUACUGUUAAAGAUAAAGGACGGAUUUAAUCGUUAGCUCUGUGAAUGACACAGAAAUUGAAAUAUUCGUCUCCUCCAUGUCUAACUACUGACUACACCUUCCUAGCUCACUUCUAAGUCGGGUUUCCAUUACCGCUCGUACCAGGACUGAUUUCUCAUUUCAAUUUUUGAUUUAUAUUCAUCCGUUGGCAUUAUUUUACUACUUCACCACUGAAUUGAAGUUUGAAAAACAACGGAAAUUCAUUCGAAAGUGAAGUUUUUCCUCACUGUAUUGUUUUACUUCUUAAUUAAUCUAGAAUUUCAUUUCUCUCAUGAAUUAAUACACGAAGAAAUUUUCUGUUAGUACAUGGUACAUUUUUUCAAUUCCUCAAAGUUAUACGGUUGGAAACGCUUUUUCGUUAACCCGAGAUAAAAUUGAAUUGACAGAUUGAAACUGAGGACAACGAAACAACAGAAUGUAGUCAAUCACUCAUAUGUUCAUCAGGGCAUGUAGUUUUUUACUCUGAAAAAAUUAUCUGUCUCCUACUGUAAUCAUAUACUAUAAUUCAGAACUGGAGAGGUAGAAUGAGAUAACAGAUUCUUUAAGAGUUCGAUAGUAAAUUAAAAAUACAAAUGCGCGUUCCUGUAAAUCGUUUCCGUUUAAAAAUUCUCCAUAAGGACAGGAAAUGGCAUUACUUUAGAAAAUAAUGAUAAUUUUGUAUUGAACCUUGGACAAUUCGUCAACUAAAUCACUUCUGAUUGGAUUAAGUAAAAAAAUAUCACAAAGUAUCGAUUUCUUAAUUGAUUCCAUAUUUUGUUUGAUGUUUUCCACGAGAAAGCAACCAUUAACAAAAACCCAAAAAUGUGAUUGCAUAAGAACUUAUAAAUGACACAAAAACGUAUCUUUCUUAUACCUCAUUCCACCUCUUCAGUACUGAAUUGUCUAACAUAGAUAGAUAUGCAAUGAAUAUUAACUACUGAACCUUUUGUAUUGUAUAAUAAUUCCAAACUAUUGACAAAAAGAAAUCAAAACUCAGAAAACUGUCCAAUCACUAGAUGAGAAUAAUGAAAAAUCAUAACACGAAAAAAAUGCCACGAAUUUUGUGCCCACCCGAAAAUUGCUGUGACGUAUUAAAACAAGUAAUUACUACGAUUAUAUGUACGAAAGAGGCAAAAUGUUUUCUCAUAUAUGUGUAUUUUUCAUAUAAAUAUGUAAGUCGUGCUUUCCUGUAAAUAGCUAUUUCACACUUCAAUCUUCUUAUAUCUACACCCCAAUUGUCUGUCCUCACAAAGUGAUUGAAAAACUACCGUAAGAGAACAGAUAACCGAAUGAAGGAAUUAUGGUGAAAAUAUGUAGAAUAUCCUCAGGACGCUGAUACUGUCCACUUUAUUCUAGUUUCAAAAACACGAUGGACAGUAUUAAAAUCGUUGAGACUAUUAAUUAUAUACAUUCGACGGAAUGUUCACCGAUUCCACGUUCAAAUUGUUGUUUUUAAAUGGAAUUCUAAACGAUAAAUGCGUGAUUGUACGUUGUUUCAAAUAA